UCGAAGGRAAAAAGUGCAGUGGUGAUUGUUGAGGAAUAUAAAGCACGGAAAUAUGUCUUCUGAUGGUUAUCUUGCCGGYAUAGAGCUCGGAGGCACAACAUGCAAUGCAGCUAUAGCAAAGAGAAGCAAUCCAACGUCACUUCUUCAUCGUACAGAAGUCCCUACUACAAUAAAAGAGGAAACGCUGUCAGCACUGAGUAAGUUUCUAAAAGACAAGCUUGACGACCUUAAGAUUGAUCGAUUUGAUGCUGUAGGCAUCGCCUCAUUUGGUCCUGUUGAUUUGGACAAAGAAUCCAAAACUUACGGUUUCAUUACAAGUACCCCGAAGGACAAAUGGCAAUAUGUCGAUGUAGUCUCAUACUUCAGGGACAUGCUUGGUAAUCAGACUCCCAUUUCAUUUGAAACUGACGUGAACGCACCGGCAAUGGCAGAAACAACUCACAAUAACAAUAGGAAAGCAGAAACCAGUGGAAAACCCACAGUUGUCUAUAUAACUGUUGGUACAGGAGUAGGUGUUGGAAUCAGUAUAAAUGGAAACCCAGUACAUGGCCUGCUCCACCCAGAAGGGGGUCAUAUCCUGGUGCCGAAAAUGCCUGGUGACGAUUAUCCAGGGUGUUGUAAGUUUARYCAUUACUGCUGYGUAGAGGGAUUUAUUGCUUCACAAGCAAUAUCAGAAAGAGCAGGCGUAGAUCAGCUGAGUCUCCACAAAAUAGAAGACAGCAAUGCAGUGUGGGAUAAAGUAGGGUACUACUUGGGGGCUCUGUGUCUGAAUAUUACUUAUCUUCUUUCACCCCAUUUUAUUGUUAUUGGUGGAGGAAUCAUGAAGCGCACMUUGUURUAUGACAAAACAAGACAUUGGUUUCAAAAACUUAUGAAGGGGUAUCUUGAUGUCGAUAAAUUCAAAUCACAAGAGGGGCUAGAUGAUUAUAUUCGACAAUCUGCAUAUGGAAAUGAUGCAGGAAUAAUAGGGGCUUUGGAACUUGCCAGAUCAAACUGUGCAAUAUGAAUAGAWGAUAAUAUUUGAACAAAAGUUCUUAUAUAGAUCUUACAAUAUAUUUUGUAUCAUAUUUCAAAAAAAGAAAAUUAUUCAAAAUAAAAGAGAAUUAUUGAAUAUUAUUCAGUCAAUGAAAGAAAUUAGUAUUACAACAGUAGACCUCUCUAGGACCUCUAGUGCUGGAAUUGAUGAUUCAUAACAUCCAGGAAYGAUAUCCUUCAACAAUGAUGGCAUUCAAUAUGCUAUGGAACAACAGUUUGUAAAUCAAACUAUUCCUUCUUCAGUUUGGUAACAUGUGGAUGAUAUCUCUUUUUAUAGCUAUUUCUCCUUCUUUUUUCACCAGAUCUUGCCUUCUGCAAUAAACGUUUUAAAUAAAUUUUAAAUUUUGAAAUGAUUAAGACAGUUUGAUAUAUAAAUAACUUGCAGCUCAAAGUCUGCAAAUGUACAUUUUGCAUAAUAAAAUUUGAAAUGUAUGGUAAGAAGAUUUGCAAAAUAAAAAAGACAGAAUUUUACCACUA